AUGAAGUCACGAAUAACCUCCUUUGCAGCGCCGCUGGUCGGUUUGCUUUCUCUCGUCAAUGCCAUCUCCCUCGAUCUCAACAGCCAGGACUCAGUCAAGUCCGCCCUAUCUACAAUCGCUUAUGACAUGAUGACCCUCUACUCGGGCAACAAGACUGGUCAGACUCCAGGGUUAUUGCCCGGUCCUUGUUCCUCAUCAACAUGUUACUACUGGUGGGAAGCCGGGGCUAUGUUCGGUUCGUUGGUCAACUAUUGGCAAUAUACGGGAGACGACAGUUACAACCCGGUAGUUGAGCAAGCUCUUGCGUUCCAGAUCGGUCCGGACAAGAACUACAACCCUCCCAACCAGAGCAAAAACAUGGGUGUGGAUGAUCAAGCCUUUUGGGCCUUCUCCGCCCUCGAUGCGGCCGAAGCCAACUUUCCCGAGCCUGGCGGGGAUGUACCCUCUUGGAUUGCACUUGCGCAAGCCGUCUUCAACUUCCAGGCCGACCUCUGGGAUGCUGCGACAUGUGGUGGCGGCAUGCGGUGGCAGGUCUAUUCGUUCAACGCCGGCUACAACCUGAAGAACACGAUCUCUAAUGGCGGGAAUUUCCAACUUGCUGCGCGAUUGGCUCGAUACACCGGGAACCAGACCUACGCUGACUGGGCCAACAAAAUGUGGGAUUGGAUGGCAGGCACCCCGCUGUUUCAAUUCCAAGAUGGUACCCUGUAUAUCUGGGACAAUACCAACUCGGACAACAACUGCUCGGAUGUGGCUCACUUUCUCUGGACGUACAACUACGGCACCAUGUUGAUGGGCGCGGCGUACAUGUACAAUUUCACCAACGGCGCCGAGCCCUGGGGAACUCGAGUCAACCAGAUAUUGGAGGGAGCCUUUAAACUGUUCUUCCCGAGCGAAUAUGGUGGGAAUAUCAUGAGCGAGUUUCAAUGCGAGCCGUCCAACAACUGUAACAAUGAUCAGAGCAGCUUCAAGGCCUAUCUGUCUCGGUGGAUGGCCGUGACGACUCUGAUGGUCCCCAGCACCGCGGACCAGAUCAUGGCGAAACUUCAAGCCAGUGCCGCAGGAGCCGCUCAACAGUGUACCGGAGGCGACAAUGGCCGCAUGUGUGGUCGAAGAUGGUAUUCUACUUGGGAUUCAACUACCGGUGUGGGACAACAGAUGCAAGCCCUCUCGGUUAUUGGUGCCACGCAGAUCAAUUCAGGAAUUGCUCCCAAAUCGGUCGACACUGGCGGCACGUCCAAGAGUGAUCCCAAUGCUGGAACCGACACGGAUGCCUCACCUGUCAUCACACACUCUCCCAUUACCACCAAAGAUAAGGCCGGUGCCGGCGUUCUCACGGUAGCAGUCAUUUUUGUCGUCAUCGGAGGCGCUAUCUGGAUCAUUGUGUGA